AUGAAAUGUCGUAUAAAAUAUAAUGACAGGUUUUUAGAUGAAGGCCGGGAAUGUAUAGAAAACCAAUGCUUCUGUCAAAAAGGUUUUAUUGCCAAAGGCUCUGUAUGUCUGGACAUCGAUGAAUGUAAAGACAAUCCAUGUGGACCGUUCUCUAUAUGUACAAACACAGUAGGAAGCUUUAGCUGCGCUUGUGAAAAAGACUACGUAGGAGCACCACCGAAAAUUCAAUGUAAAGCUCCCUGUGAUGACGUAUCUUGCGGAGAUCACUCUUUCUGCAAACCAGAUGGUAAUGAAGCCUAUUGUAUAUGUGAUGAUGGAUAUACUUUUAACGUGCAGGAUAUUUCACUAGGAUGUGUAGAUAUCGACGAAUGUGACGCUGUGAAUGGUCCAAGUGGGCGUUGUGGAGCCAACGCAAUCUGUACUAAUCUCCCAGGAACAUUCGCUUGUCAAUGCAAACCAGGCUUUUCCGGAAAUCCUAACAACCAAUGCAACGAUAUUGAUGAAUGUCAGAAUCCGGAAGCUUGUGGAUUGGGUGCUGUAUGCACAAACUUGCCUGGUUCUUAUGUAUGUGACUGCCCAAUUGGCACUAUUCCAGAUCCUGAUCCCAAAACAAAAUGUAAUGAAAUCGUUACGUGUAAUACAGAUAUUGAUUGUCCUGGAAAUGCUAUUUGUGAUCAGAAAAAGCAAUGUUUAUGCCAAGAACCCAAUAUCGGCAACGACUGUAGACAUCCCUGUGAGACUACAAUCUGUGGAUCUAACGAAGAAUGCAUGUUAAUCAAUCAAGAAGCAAAAUGCAUUUGCAGUUCUGGAUUUACUGGUACCAGCUUUGGGUGUGUAGAUAUAGACGAAUGUGCCGGAAAUCCUUGUGGCCUUGGAGCUAUAUGUAAAAACGAGCCUGGUGCGUUCUCUUGUCAAUGUCCUGGAGGCACAUCAGGAGAUCCUUUUACCUCGGGCUGUCUGAAAUCCACAAAACCUACAGAAUGCUCAGAUAUUAAUCCAUGUCCGGCUGGAGAACAAUGUGUAUUGGAUGAGUACUUAAAUGAAAAUGUUUGUAUCUGUGUUCAAGGAUACACUAGAGAUAAAUCGAGUAAUAAAUGUAGAGAUAUCAACGAAUGUUUGGAAUUGAAAGAAAAAGCAGCCUGUGGCAUUAACGCUAUGUGUAAAAACUUACCUGGAAGUUAUGACUGCCACUGUCCUCCAGGAUUCAACGGCAAUCCUUUCUUGGAGUGUUUGGAAUGUAACAGCCCUGAUUGCCGUUGUCAGCCACCAUACAAACUACAUGAAGGCAAUUGCGUUUUAGACAGUUGUGGUCCCGAUGGUUCCUGUCCCAGUGGAGCUGAAUGUGUAACAAUAACAGGAGGAGUUAGCUACUGUGCGUGUCCAAAAGGCUUCAAAACUUUACCAGAUGGCUCUUGCGUAGAUAUAAACGAAUGUGCAGAACAACAACAUGUUUGUGGAUACGGCGCACAAUGUAUUAACACUUUGGGCGCUUAUGAAUGUCACUGCCCACAAGGGUACUCUGGAGAUGCGUACAAAGAACAAUGUUCUCCUGCUCAGAAAAAAUGUAUAAGCGAUAAAGAGUGUCCUACUAAUGAAAAAUGCGUUCAACCUGGCGAAUGUGUAUGUUUCCCACCAUUCUUCAACGAUCAAAGAGACGGAAAUAAAUGUAAAAGUCCGUGUGAACGUUUUGUUUGUGGUAUUAAUGCCAAAUGUACUCCAUCCGAUCCACCAAAAUGUAUGUGCGAAGCUGGUUUCAGAGGUGAUCCGGCUCAGGGAUGCACAGAUAUAGACGAAUGCAAAGACGAUCCUUGUGCUUAUGGGGCCCAUUGCUUGAAUCAGCAUGGUGGCUACAAAUGUGUAUGUCCUAAAGGAAUGACAGGAGAUGCUUAUAAAGGUGGUUGCAUUCUUGAAGAACCUGGUACAGUUAAAUCCGAGUGUCAGAAUGAUGCAGACUGUGCCAGUAUUUUGAGUUGCCAAGACGGAACCUGUAUUAGCCCUUGCGCAACUGUACUUUGUGGUAACCAUGCAAUUUGUUUAGCAGAGAAUCAUAAAGGAAAAUGUAGAUGCAAAGUUGGAUACGAGAAAAACAGCAGAGGCCAAUGUGUAUCAGCAUGUGAAGGUUUCAUUUGUGCCUCAGGAGCUCAAUGCAUCGUCACUCCUACCGGCCCAACAUGUAAAUGUCUUGAAGGACUCUUAGGAAAUCCAUUUCCUGGUGGUCAAUGUACCACAGAUGUCUGUUCAAAGAACAAUCCCUGCGAAGAACCGAACAUUUGUAUCAACGGUAGAUGUAGACAAAGGUGUCAAGGUAUUGAAUGUGGUGUUGGUGCCCAUUGCGAUAACUCUACAAAUCAGUGUGUCUGCGAUCAUAUGUUUGAUGGAAAUCCCAACUUUUUAUGCAUGCCAACUAUUGAAAAACCAAAUUGUGAACCAUCUUGUGGCAAAAACGCUCAUUGCGAAUACGGCCUUACCAAUCAAUGUGUUUGUAACACAGGUACAGUCGGCAACCCUUACGAAGUGUGCGAAAGAAUCGAGAAGAAAUCCUGCAAUUCAAACUCCUGCGGAAUAAACGCACAGUGUAAAGAAACAUUAAACAACAUUGAAUGUUUCUGCAGUAGAGGCUUCACCGGCAAUCCUUACAUUUCUUGUGAAGACAUAGACGAAUGUAAUAGUAAAGUAUGUGGCAAUAGCGCAGUUUGUAUUAACACACCAGGAAGCUUUGAUUGUAGAUGUAAAGAAGGUUAUGCAGGAAACCCAUUCAUCAUGUGCUCGCAAGUCCAAGGCGGUAUUUGUAGAGAUUCUCAAGAUUGCCAGUGCAGUGACAAACUAUUAUGCCCAAAUGAAUAUACAUGUGAAAGAGGACAAUGUCAAAAUCUUUGCAAAAACGUCAGAUGUGGUCCAAAAGCGUCUUGUCAAAGUGGUAAAUGUGUUUGUUCAGCUGGUUACAUAGGUAAUCCUCGAGAUCUUGUUAAAGGUUGUCAUCCCGAAGGCCAAUGUAGCAGUAACUUGGAUUGUCACGAUGCCCAGAUAUGUUUCCAGUCGAGCAAAGGAGUUAGAAAAUGCGUGGAUGCCUGUAGUAAAGUCCAAUGCGGUCCAAACGCAUUAUGUCUUGCACAAAAUCAUAGAUCUUCGUGCAUCUGCGCCCCUGGGUAUAACGGAAAUCCCGGUGAUCUCGAAUUUGGUUGUCAGUUGGAAGAAAGAGUAAAUCAAAGGAUUUGCGAAACUGAUGAAGACUGUAGCUUCGGUACAAUCUGCGCAGUAGACGCUAGUGGUAUUCAAAAAUGUAUUAGUCCUUGUGAAACUGUAGCUUGUGGUCCAAACGAAAUGUGUCAAUUGGACGUUGGCGGUCAUCCAACUUGCGCAUGCCGUGAUGAAUAUAUAUGGAAUCCUGUUAACUCUGUUUGCGAAAAACCGUCAAUACCUGAUUGUAAAACUGACAAUGAUUGUGAAUCUGUAGAAGCUUGUCAACCCGAUGCUAUAGGUAUUCUAAAAUGUACACAUAGUUGUACUCAUUUUACGUGUGGACAAAAUUCUGCUUGCGUAGCAGAGUCUCAUAAAGGUCAAUGUCAAUGUUUAGCUGGAUAUACUGGAAAUCCUAAUGAUAGAGAAGGUUGCAUACCAUUACUACAAAACAAAUGCUCAUCGGAUGCUCAAUGUCCAGAACAAGAAACCUGCAGAAAACAUUCGGAACACAAUAUUCUCAUGUGUAUUCCAGCUUGCGAUCAGAUCACUUGUGGACCUAAUGCAAUAUGCGUUGUCAACAACCAUGUACCGCAAUGUCAGUGUCCUUCUGGAUCAUAUGCGGGAGAUCCAAACGAUCUGGUAAAAGGAUGUAGUCAGGUACCUUGCGUAUAUAAUGCAGAUUGCCAUACAACACAGUUAUGUAAUCGUAUGACACACAAAUGUCACUAUGUGUGUGAUGAUGAAGCUUGUGGGACUAAUGCUGUCUGUAUUGCGGAAAAUCACAAAGCUACUUGCCAAUGUCCUCCUGGUACCAACCCGAACCCUACUGCUGAUAUAGAAUGUGUAGCUGUUAAUGUGUGCAAACCUAAUCCUUGUCAUAGUACAGCUAUUUGCAGACCUGCAGCAUCUGGAAGCCAUACUUGUACAUGUCCACCUGGUACUACCGGAGAACCUUACUUGUCAGGUUGUAAGAAAGAAGGGGUGUGUUCAGUAGGUGAUGCCGAUUGUCCCCCUACUUCUGUAUGUAAGAACGGGAAAUGUGUAAACCCUUGUGAAGAUAUUAAAUGCGGUCCUAAUAGUAUAUGCUCCGUAGACAACCAUAAAGCAGUCUGCACAUGUCUAGCUAAAUACGUUCCAGCUGAAGAUGGUUGCCUUCGCAUAUCAACAACUUGUAACAAUGACCGCGAUUGCGGAGAUGAAGUAUGUAUUAACAAUCAGUGUAGAUCAAUUUGUAAGAACAACAAAGACUGUUUAGUAGGAGAGACAUGCUACCAUAAUGUUUGCGUCGUAAGUUGUACGGAUCACAGUCAAUGCUACAAAGAUCAGGCUUGUGUAAAUAAUACUUGCAUCAUUGGUUGUCGCAGUAACAAAAACUGCCUGUCUGAUCAUGCUUGUAUCAACAACAAAUGUCAAGAUCCCUGCGAAAAGGCCGAUACAUGUGGACCAAAUGCUAUUUGUUCUUGUAAAGAUCAUAAAACACUGUGUAAAUGCCCAGAUGGGUUUGAAGGAAAUCCUACACCUCAACAAGGAUGUAUCAGAAUACCAUCAUUGUGCCAAAAUGAUUUAGAAUGCCCUAAGAAUCAUAUUUGCUCCCAAAAUCAAUGCGCUCUUUCAUGUUCAAACAAUAACUUGUGUGCAGUAGGCGAAAGAUGUUACGGAAAUAUAUGCGUUAAGGUUUGCUACAGCGAUGGAAACUGUUUGCAAGGAGAAGUAUGUAAGAACGGAGUAUGUCUGCCAGGCUGUGCUUUAGAUAAAGAUUGUAGAACCUCCCAAGUUUGUAUACAGGGACAAUGCAGAUGCACUGAAGGUUUUAUAGAUUCACCUGAAGGAUGCACUGACAUAGACGAAUGCAAAAGUCACCCUUGUCACUCGACUGCUAUUUGUAAAAAUACACCAGGAUCUUUCAGCUGCGCAUGCCCAGAGGGUAAAGUAGGAAAUCCUUUGACAGAACCCGGAUGUUCAGAACCAGUACAAUGUAGACGCGAUGCUCAAUGUUCUGACAAAUUAAUCUGUAAAAGAGGCAAAUGUAUCGAUCCAUGUGAUACAAAUCGCUGUGGAAAUAGUGCUAUUUGUAACGUUUCUAAGCACAAAUUAUCUUGCAUAUGUCCGCCGAAACACCUUGGCGAUCCUUACGAUUCCAACCUGGGAUGCUUUAAAGUAGAAUGUAUUAGAGAAGAUGACUGUCAAUCAGACCACUUUUGCGAUGAGCAUUCUAACAAAUGUAUUAGUACGUGCGACGUUGUCAAUUGUGGAAAAGGUACUUGUUCAAGUAGCAAUCACAAAGCUCUAUGUACGUGUUUAGCUGGAUAUGCGUUUAAUAAAGAAAAAUGCGAAGAUAUAAACGAAUGUAAAGAUUCCAAUCCUUGCCACGCUACUGCUACUUGCAUAAAUACAGAUGGAGGCUUUACGUGUAUAUGCGCUGAAGGAUUAGUGGGAGAUCCGUUAACUACGGGUUGUCGCAAACCAGGAGAAUGCUCUUCAGAUGCGGACUGUCCAUCUUUAGCAGCUUGUAUUGAAAAUAAAUGCAAAAAUCCUUGUGAGUCACCUGGUAUCUGUGGACUUAAUGCUGAGUGUAUACCUAUUGGACACGUAGCUUCAUGCAAAUGUCCACCACGUACUAAGGAAGAUACCAACAAGAACUGUAUCCCUAUAGAAUGUUUGGACAAAAACGAUUGUUCUAAAGAUAAAACAUGUAUUGAUUCUAAGUGUCAAAAUCCUUGUGAAUUACCAAACGUGUGUGGAGAAAAAGCCUCAUGUACUGCUGAUGAUCAUCAAGGUGUAUGUGCUUGCCAACCAGGAACUACAGGUGAUCCACGUAUUGGAUGUGUGGCUAUACAAUAUUGUGCACAAGAGUCGCAAUGUCCUUCAGGACUAAAAUGUUAUAAUGGAAUAUGCACUUCGAUUUGUACUACUGCUAGGGAAUGUAUCGAAGAUCAACUGUGUAUCCAAGGUAUAUGUCAGCCUACCUGCAAAUCUAACUCUACAUGUCCAGAGUAUCAAUUUUGCCAAAACAAUAUUUGUAUUCAAGAACAGAGAUGUAGAAUAAACACUGAUUGUGAGUUAACAGAAAAAUGUCUGGCAAAUAAUUUGGGCCAAAACGAAUGUACAGAUGCUUGCGAGGGAGUACUAUGUGGAAGAAAUGCCGAGUGCUUCUCUAAAAACCACAAGCCUUCCUGUCACUGCAAACGUGGCUAUAAAGGAAACCCCAGCGAUGACAAAAUAGGUUGUCAAGAAAUAGAAUGCGAAACCAGCGAGCACUGCUCAAAUGACAAACUGUGUGACCAGUACAUGUGCAAGAUUGCUUGUUUGGUUCACAAUCCUUGCGGUAAGAAUGCGCUUUGUUCUGCAGAAAGUCACAAACAAGUUUGUUACUGCCAGCCUGGUUAUACCGGAGAUCCUAUCAAAGGUUGCCACAUGAUAGAUUUCUGCAAAGAUAAACCGUGCGGACCAAAUGCAGUAUGCCAUAACUCUCGAGGAUCUUUUAGAUGCCAGUGCCCUCUGGGUACCGUCGGCGAUGCAUACAACGGCGGCUGUAAUCCUCCAGUAGAAUGCAACAGAAAUUCAGAUUGUCCGGUGAAAGCCAAAUGUGAUACUACUAAUGGAAUCCACAAAUGCAAAGACGUCUGCGAAAACACAUUAUGCGGAUCAAAUGCCGAAUGUAUAGCUGUUGACCAUGCCGGUUAUUGUACUUGCAGGAACGGCUACCAAGGAAAUGCCACCGAUAAAAGCGUAGGGUGCAAACCGAGAUUGGUUAGCUGUAAGACCACCUCUGACUGUCCAUCGAAUACAUAUUGCUACGAAGAGAUAUGCAGUCCACCAUGCGAGACAAAUGAAGAAUGCCAACUUAACGAACAAUGUUUGAAGGGCCAAUGUUUAAAUCCAUGUUCCUUGAAUAGAGCUUGUGGUAUCAAUGCUGUGUGCCUAAUUGAUAAUCAUGUUAAGACGUGUAGCUGUCCACCAGGAUUCACAGGCAAAGAAGACGUAGAAUGCGUGAGACUUCCUGUAUCAUGUUCGACCAAUAAUGAUUGCUCUAACACUACCAUCUGCAAAGAAAACAUGUGCACACCGCAAUGCAAAGCAGACAACGAUUGUGCCUUCAACGAAAAAUGUCUCAAAGGAAACUGCCAACUAACUUGCCGUGUGGACAACGACUGUUUCUUGGGUCAUAUCUGCGUUAACAACAUGUGCUUCUACGGCUGCCAUAACGACGACGAUUGCACCAGUAGCGAAUCCUGCAGAAACAACAAAUGUAUAGAUCCCUGCAAAGAAAAUCCUUGUGGACCCAACGCAAUUUGUGCAGUAUCAAAUCAUAGAGCUACAUGUUCUUGCGGAAAGGGUCUAGUGCCCAAUCCGUCUGCUACAGUUGGCUGUGUGAGAGCUCCACCUCAAGUCUGCAGAGAAAACAGGGAAUGUCCAAACGGUAAUGCCUGUAUUGAACGAUCUUGUAGACUGAUCUGUUCUUCAGAUAAUAACUGCUUGAGCAACGAAAGAUGUGAAACACCUUCUAAAGUCUGCAAACCAAUCUGCAGAAAAGACGAUGACUGUAACAGCGACCAAGUCUGCGAUGGUUUGGUUUGCAUCAUAGGAUGUAGAAGCGAUAGUAAAUGUCCUUCUGAUCAAGCGUGCAUCAACGGCAAAUGCGUAGAUUUGUGCGCAGCUCCAACGGCCUGUGGAAUCAACGCAGAGUGUGCAAUAGUAGAUCAUAAGAAGAUUUGUACUUGUCCCCUUCCACUUACGGGAAAUCCAGUUGAAGGUUGUAAACAUCCAGUACAGUUCUGUAAUGAAAACAAAGAUUGCUCUAAAGGCAGUACUUGCCAUGGUGGAAUAUGCCAGGCGACGUGUAAAGUGGAUCGCAACUGUUUGGCUGAUGAAAAAUGUAUAAGAGGAGUCUGCAAAACAGUGUGCAACUCUGACGCUGCUUGUAACGCAAACCACAUCUGCGAGAAUCGUAUUUGUGAAAUAGGGUGCCGUAGUGACAGCGAUUGCCCACCAGAUAAGGCAUGCAUCAAUAACAAAUGUCAAAAUCCAUGUGAAAAAACUACAACAUGUGGCAUCUGCGCUCAAUGCUUAGUCAACAACCACGUAGCUCAGUGCAGCUGUCCAGUUAACUUUUUUGGCAAUCCUCUAAAAGCUUGCACACAACCAGCUAUUAAAUGCAAUCCCAACUGCGACUGUGACGAAGUGGGUGGUUACUGUACGAAACAAUGCUCGACUAAUGACGAUUGCGCAUGCGGAGAGAACUGCGUCAACAAGAAAUGUCGUAAUAAGUGUUCAGCGCAAGUAUCCUGCGCUCAAGGACAGAUCUGUACAAGAGGAGCAUGUUUGCCCGGUUGUAGAUCGAAUAAUGAUUGUCCAAAUGCUGAAAUUUGCAGCAACAGAAAAGCAUGUGUACCAUUCGAAUGUCGUAAAGACUCUGACUGUGAAUCGAACAAGAAAUGUGGAGACGACGGAGCUUGCAGAAACCCUUGCUUGGAACAAAAAGCUUGCGGUAUUAAUGCCCAGUGUCGCGUAGUCGACCGUCAACCUUUAUGUACAUGUCCACCAGGUUACCUCGGUAACGCCCAAAUAGAAUGCAAACAGGGACGAACAGAAGAAUGCCUUAAGAAUACUUGCGGACCUAAUACCAGGUGCAAAGAAAAGGAAGACGGCGGAUUUGAAUGCGUUUGUGCCACUGGCUGUAUAGGAGAUCCGUACAAGGGAUGCGUGUGUGAGGGAGAGUUGAUUUCUCUGUGCAAGAACAAAUUAUGCGGGGUGGGUGCCCAGUGCAAAGUCGUAAAUGAUAAAGCUCAAUGUUACUGUCCUCAAGAUAAACCUGCAGGGGAUCCUACUAUCGAAUGUUCUAUAGAAAAAACAACGCCAGAUUGUAGGACAGAGGGAUGUGGUAAAAACUCUGAAUGCAUAAGAGAACAUGCUUUCUUUGUUUGCCGUUGUUUACCAGGUUAUUCAGGUACUCCUGACAAAGGAUGCGACAAGGUUCAAGUAAUAGAUUGCCAAUCAACGUAG